AAACCCCCAAACUCGACAAACAACGAUCAGAACAGUACAAAAUUAAAGAUCCUCUGUUUUUUUCAGAAUCUUUGUUUCCUCAUUUUUUCCGAGCAAACAAAAAUGGCUUCUCAAAUGGUUAAUUCCACGAACAGGGCGACCGGUUUGGCCAAGGCGUUGAGCCUGCAAAGCCGUGCCUAUGUUACGUUCUUGGCCGGCAAUGGGGACUACGUGAAAGGUGUGGUGGGGCUAGCCAAGGGGCUGAGAAAGGUCAAAUCUGCUUAUCCACUGGUGGUGGCGGUCUUGCCGGACGUUCCGGAGGAGCACCGCCGCAUACUCCUUAGCCAGGGCUGCAUCGUCCGUGAAAUACAGCCCGUUUACCCGCCGGAGAAUCAGACUCAGUUCGCCAUGGCUUACUACGUCAUCAACUACUCCAAGCUCCGCAUUUGGGAGUUUGUGGAGUAUAGCAAGAUGAUAUAUCUGGACGGAGACAUUCAGGUGUUCGAGAACAUCGACCACCUCUUCGAGUUGCCGGACGGCCACUUUUACGCCGUCAUGGACUGUUUCUGCGAGAAGACAUGGAGCAAAACCCCACAAUACACGAUCGGGUACUGUCAGCAGCGCCCAGAUAAGGUCCAGUGGCCCGAAGAGCUCGGCCCGAAACCCCCACUUUACUUCAACGCUGGAAUGUUCGUUUACGAACCCAGUCUCCCUGUGUACGAUGAUCUCCUCAAAACCCUCAAAACCACCCCUCCCACCUCAUUUGCAGAGCAGGAUUUCUUGAACAUGUUCUUUAAGGAUGUGUACAGGCCGAUCCCGAAUGUGUACAACUUGGUGUUAGCGAUGUUGUGGCGCCACCCGGAGAACGUGGAGCUGGACCAAGUUAAGGUUGUUCACUACUGUGCGGCGGGGUCAAAGCCGUGGCGGUACACCGGCGAGGAAGAGAAUAUGGACAGGGAAGAUAUCAAGAUGCUGGUGAAUAAGUGGUUGGCGAUAUACAACGACAGGGCGUUGGAUUACAAGAACAGCGCCGCAGGCGGUGGUGUUGAGGUUGGUGCCGCCAAGUUCAAGGCGGCGGCGUUGCCCAAGGCCGGCGCUACUCGCUAUGUUACAGCCCCGUCCGCUGCAUAGGCGACUAAUAUUGCGGCUGGAUGGUCUAGGAUUCUUUUAUCAUUUCUAAGGCCAUAUACACACUUUGAUCUCAUAGGUUUUUUUUUAUUUUUUUAUUUUUAUAGAGUUAUGAGUAUUAUUAAGUCCUUGAAGGAGCUGUGCUCCAUAUCAAUUUGAAUUAGGAGAACUUUGUAUUUGUAGUUCUCCUAAAUUUGUUGUGUUUCUUUUCAUAUUUCCGGCUUGGCCUUGUGAAUAUUGGAAUAUAUGUUACAUUAUAUAAUGAAAACUAUAUUUGUUGUAUA